UCGCAGUGCCGGCCGCCGGGUCCGGAGCCGGAGAGCGUUUGAGGGGCCAGCCAGGAAGGAAGUUUCUUUUCCUUCCCAAUUGCCCGGUCUCGGGCGGCGCCGGCUCUGCCUAACCUCGCGUCACUGCCGUGCGCCCCCGGCCCGGCUCCGGGUGUCAGCUUUUCCUGGGCCCCUCGGGGAGCUGGGGCCUGGAGGUUCGGAGGUAGCGGCUCCUGCCCAGCGUCGGAGUGAGGGGCGCACCCCUCUUGGGCCCUGCCAACUCCGCCACCGGCCCGCACCUCCAUGGGCCCAAGCCAGAAGCGCAACGUGUGCCGCAGGCUGAGUCGCCGGGCGCUGGGCUUCUUCUCUCGGGACGCGGGCGUGGUGCAGAGGACGAACCUGGGUAUCCUGCGGGCGCUGGUGUGCCAGGAAAGUACUAAGUUUAAGAAUGUUUGGACAACUCAUUCCAAGUCACCUAUAGCCUAUGAGAGAGGAAGAAUAUAUUUUGACAACUAUCGGUGCUGUGUCAGCAGCGUUGCAUCAGAGCCAAGAAAACUUUAUGAAAUGCCAAAAUGUUCCAAAUCAGAAAAAAUAGAGGAUGCUUUAUUAUGGGAAUGCCCAGUGGGAGAAAUGCUUCCCAAUACAUCAGAUUAUAAAUCCUCACUCAUAGCACUGACUGCUCAUAAUUGGCUACUUCGUAUAUCAGCAACUACAGGAAAAGUCCUUGAGAAAAUAUAUCUUGCUUCAUAUUGCAAAUUCAGAUACUUGAGCUGGGACACUCCUCAAGAAGUCAUUGCAGUCAAGUCAGCUCAGAGCAAAGGCUCAGCAUUGGCCCAGCAGGCAGGCAUUCAACAACCUGUUUUGCUGUACCUUGCAGUGUUCCAUGUGCUACCUUUUUCACUCAUAGGGAUUCUGGAGAUCAACAAAAAGAUUUUCGGGAGCGUAACAGAUGCCACCUUGUCUCAUGGAAUACUGAUUGUGAUGUACAGCUCGGGACUGGUCAGACUUUAUAGCUUCCAAGCCAUCACUGAACAGUUCAUGCAACAGAAACUUGACUUAGGGUGUGCAUGCAGAUGGGGUGGGACUACUGGAACUGUAGGAGAGGCUCCUUUUGGCAUUCCUUGUAAUAUUAAAAUCACAGAUACACCACCACUGCUCUUUGAGGUGUCCUCCCUGGAGAAUGCUUUUCAGAUUGGAGGCCAUCCUUGGCACUACAUUAUCACACCUAAUAAGAAGAAACAAAAAGGAGUUUUCCAUAUUUGUGCCCUAAAGGACAAUUCCUUGGCAAAAAACGGGGUCCAAGAAAUGGAGUGUUGUUCUCUAGAAUCUGACUGGAUCUAUUUCCAUCCUGAUGCUUCUGGUAGAAUAAUACAUGUUGGCCCAAAUCAGGUCAAAGUUUUAAAGCUAAGUGAAGUAGAAAAUAAUAGUGCCCAGCAUCAGAUCUCUGAAGAUUUUGUCAUUUUGGCCAACAGGGAGAAGAACAAAAAUGAAAACUUACCCACUGUUACAGCUUCUGGACGGGUGGUAAAAAAAAGCUUUAACCUUCUGGAUGAUGACCCAGAACAAGAGACUUUCAAAAUUGUGGACUAUGAAGAUGAGUUAGAUUUGCUUUCUGUGGUAGCUGUUACUCAAAUAGAUGCUGAAGGAAAAGCUCACCUGGAUUUCCACUGUAAUGAAUAUGGAACUUUACUUAAAAGCAUUCCACUCGUGGAGUCAUGGGAUGUGACAUAUAGCCACGAAGUUUACUUUGACAGAGACUUGGUACUACACAUAGAACAGAAACCCAGCAGGGUCUUCAGCUGCUAUGUUUACCAGAUGGUAUGUGACCCUGGGGAAGAAGAAGAAACCACAAACAGAAGUUGUAAAAAAGAUUGCAAUAAUUUUAAAUUUUGAGAUGUAACUUCUGAGACUUCUAGCCAAACACCCCAGCAGCCACGUCCAGUCCUCCUUUUUAUUAUCUGCAUAGCAUAUUCUCCAGUAUUUUCCAGAAAAGGUCUUGUGUUGACUUCAGAUGACUGUGACUUCUUUUUUAAACUCUUGCCAUACAAGGUGGUGAGUACUUCAUUUUAUGUAGAGAUUUUUUACAGUGACAUCCCAAGAAGUCUAACAUUUUGCAGUUUUUAGGCGGGUGGUGAUGCAAAUAUAAAACAUUGAAGAGCAGAGAAAAAGGUUAAUUCUAAUUAUUGGGAGAGGGUCAUUGAUGAGUAGGUGUUUAACGUGGUUGUUAAAGGAUGGCCUGGGAUUUUGAUUAGUAAAACUAAGGGUGAGAGAUAAAAAGAAAGAUACAAAAGAUACAGAAAGAAAUCAAGAAAUCCUGUAUCCUCUCACCCAAACUUUGUUUAAGGAUGGAAAAUGAGAUCUAUAAUAUGAAAUAAUACUUUGAGCCAAAAAUGUGUCAUCACAGUUAAAAAAAAAUGUAUAUGUAUAUAUGUUUUGUGUUUGUAUAUAGUAUCAGGAAUUGGCUGUAGUUCCCCAAUAUCUUUUCUUCCAUGAUUUUAUUCUCUUGGUUUGAUGUUCCCAUUGGUUUUUUCUAUUUUCUAUUGUGUUUCUAUUGUGUUUCUAUUAGGCUAAUGUAAAAGAUUUCAAGCAAACUGUAAGUGAAAUUUUUUUUCUCAUAUGUAGGCUGUUUAGCUGUUAAUACAUCUAAGAAUGUUGUAUUCAUUUCACUCUUCUAUUUAUUUGGUGAGUCUUCCAGUUCUGCUUAGGCAAUAUUUUCAUACCUAGGCAAUAAGAUAAAGGUAUCCUGGGUUGUACCAGCUCUGCUCCCUGUAGAAGAGUAGAUAAAGUCCCAGGAGUUCUUACUAGCUUGGAAACUGACUGGCAACUAGAAAAAGGUUUUGGCUCUAUCUUAGCUGUGAGAUGAGUAUUUUUUCUUCUUUGUUAGAACUGAUCAAAAUAUGAUCCUUGAACUCAGAUAAUCAUUCUUCAGAAUGUUAAAUAAAAGCAACCCAAGUAAAGGGAGGAAAAUGUUUCUUUGUGGUUCCUGUUUGAAAAAUCCAGUUGCUUGCAAUACAUAUGUUUAGCACAUUUCUCUGAUUCAGGCUCAAAAGAAUAACUAGUAAAAAUAGAAGGGGAGGAGACAGCAGUAAAAAUCAUUGCUGAUUCAAAUUUAAAAUUAAAAUAUGGGAUAUUAGCUUGGAUGAUUUACAUCAAAAUCCUCCAGUUUUUCCUUCAGUUUUGGCCUUAUGCCACGUUAAGAACAAUGUGAAUUCUGCCCUGUUCUGCCCUUGAAGUUUGCAGAUAAAUUUCAGGCUAAUUAUGAUCAACAGGGCUGGUGAGAGAAAGGCGUUAGCUAUUCCAAAAGUCUAGAAAUUAGUAGCAGAGUCCAUAAAUUAAAAAAAAAUAAAGCCUAAAACUGUCUUUUGUGCAAUAGAAAAGAAGAUUGCUAACAUUUUAGAAUAAGGGAAAAUAUUUAUAUGUUGGCUAAAAAUAAAUCUUUCUGAAUCUGCACUUAUGUAUAAUAAGCACUUGGGAAAGUAAAAGUGAUUGAUUACCUCAUGAGCAAGAUGAUAAAACUAUCUUCAUAUAUUAAAUUCUAAUACUUUUAUAUCUACAAGUUGAAAAAUCCAUUCUUGUUUUAUGCAUAUUUAAUAGUACUAUGUAAUAUAAUAUUUGAAGUCAGAGUAUUUUGGAGACAUGAUUGUGAUUACAAAGCACAGUUAUGUAUAGCUGAAUAGUUAUGAUGUGCUAGAUAUUGCCCCAGACUUCCAACUAGACAUGAGCUAUAUCUAAAUAGUCCUGCCCAGUGAAUUUAUACCUUGAAACAGGUUCGAUAAGAGGAAAUAGAUAAAUAUCAGAGAAAAGAAAAGAAACCAGUAUGGUGGGUUUCAAAGCAAAUGCAGUGCUAUGUAAAGGCAGAAAGCCUGCUCUCCAUUUCCAAAAGUGUUUCAGAAAAGGAUGUCUUAAAACUUCAAUUCUGUCAGAUUUUUUUUUAAAAAGCAGGCUUGUUGAGUUUACCUUUCUCUAAGUCAUUGCCUUCUUUUUAUGAAGGAACUCAUCUGUUCAGAAAGGCAUCUGAGAACUAUCUGAGAUUCUUGGCUGCUUUUUUGGUGGGGGCAGGGUUGGGUGGAAUACUUCCAGUCAAGACAGGAACUGAGCACUAAGAAACGCCUAUUGUCUCACUGCUGCCCAAAUCAAACUAGACCUGGAUCCACAUGCCAUAUGGGCCAGGCAGGAAAUGCACCUAGUGUGAAAGACAAUAGGGAGUUGUGGACAGUGUAACAAAUAGGAGAGCUAUGCCCCAACUAAAGGGACAAGCUGCUACUGCUUAGUUAAUUAAGCUGCUACUGCUUAGUUUCAGCCAGUUGUAACACCAUGUGGGAAUGUGGACUGCAUGAUUGUUAACAAGAAGGUUAAUAAAAAGGGUGCCAAAAGAUAAAGAAGAUAGCAAAGAAUGUGGUAAAUGCACAGGUAACAGACAUAGCAGGAAACAAUAGAGCAUGAUUCCCCCAAAAUUAUUGGCUUCCCAGCUCCCUACAGUGGCAGCAGCUGCUCAUUCCGCCGCCUGCCAGACAUGAGACUGCUGUUCUCCUGAGGGCAGAGGGAAGUGGUAGUUAAUAUCCUCCUGCCCUUCCUUAACCCUCCUCUCUAUCUGACUAUUUUAGAGGCUUCAACUAUGUGCCAGCCUACUUAACAGGUGCUAGGGGCAGGCAUAAAACAAUAUGGGUGACAUUUCUGAAUGUUUAAUGCAAGAUUGGGUGAAACAGGGUAGCUUCUUUUAGAUGGUCCAGAUAUUAAGCUGAUGAGAGGUAUAUUUCUGCAUUUCUCUCUUUGAUCUAAGGGUCUGAAUUCUCACAGUAUCAGUGCAGCAAGAUUAUUGUUCUUUGACUUUCUAAAACAUUUCUCGCAACUCAGAGAGAAAACAAAACAAAUCCUAUUGUAGUUGCUAUUUGAACUACCUUGUGAGGAGAUGAUACUGUUCUAUUUAAAUAAACUAAGGUUUUGUUCCACAUUUUUCCAUCAAUUGAAUGUUUUGUUUCUUGUA